AUGGCGGCCAACAAUGGUGCCAUGCUUCGAAGAGGUCAAGAAGGAUAUGAACUGAGAAAAGGCCAUUUGAGGGGUGAGACUGGAAUUCCAACUCAGUGGCUUGAGAGCAAAUAUGUUUCCUUUUCAGAAAGUCAAGAUUGUCUGCAUAAUGUAGCUCAGGAACGUGUGGGAGAGCUGCUGCAGGUUCUUAAAGCCUUUGUAAACAAACACCGAACCUUCAAUUCAGAUGACAUUCUUACUGCCGCAGGAGUAGUUGUGGCCAAAGUGAAUGCUGUGAACUUCAAAGACAUUAACGAAGAAGACAGGAGACAUCUUUGCACUGAAAUAUUUUCUUCUAUUGAAACACUGGCAUUCACCUUUGGUAAUGUUGUUUCAGACUUCCUUAUGGGAGAUGUAGACAGUGGUUCACCAUUGGGACUUUCUGUGUCCCCAGAAAGUCAGUCAAUGGAAAACAUUUCUGUGAGAUCUUUGGGAUUGCUGCAUGAUGAUCAUCAAGGACCUCUAUGGCCCAAAGAUUUGGAUAGCAUGCUUCUGAGGAAUGAGGAUGGGGUUGAGUUGGCAUUGUCAUAUGCUAAAACAUGGUCAAAAUAUAUCAAGGAUGUAAUUACAUGGGUUGAGAAGAAAAUCAACUUGGAGGCAACAGAUAAAAUGUGUCGAGCAAAGAUGUACAUUAGCCAAGUUUUGGACUUUAAUCAGAAUGCUGUUCCUGAUGAUUCUCGCGCUUUGCCUUUGUUUGACAAACAGGCAGUAGUUAACCUCUUCCAGAUGCAACACGCACAGGUUGGGCCUCUGCCGGUUAACCACCAGUCUCUCUGUGAGAAGGCCAAGUUAUAUGAUCCUGGACGAAAGUUUGCAGAAUUUGUGAAGGCAAAAACUUCACCCAAGGAUGACAUCACGAUAAAAAUGAGUUCUUUUGAAAAUUCCAAAGUUGAUGGACUUUUAAAUAAGAGAUCAACCAAUAAUCAACAUGCUUCACAUGGAAACUUCUGUCAGAAUUCUAGAGAUUGUCCAUUUCGUUUACUAGAGGAUAUUGGAAGCCCUCUUUCCUGUCCUGAAAAAAUUGGAGAAAAGAGGUGCUAUAGCAGCCUGGAUAUCCCAGGUGUCAGAGGGCCAUUUCCUUUCAGAAGAUCAUGGUCAGUUGGUGGAGUGUGGAGUGAUUCAGAGAGUACUGGAGGAAGCAGUGAAUCAAGAUCUGUGGAUUCUCUUCCUGCAAGUCCAGGAGAUUUUAAACACAACCUUCCUCGAACACCAUCAACAGGGACUAUGUCUUCGGCUGAUGACCUAGAUGAAAGAGAACCACCUCCUUCUGAGACUGGCUUAAAUGAGCGUGUACCUGAUAUUACCAGUUCUCCUGGCCUGUUUAGAAACUCCUUAAUGUCCAAAGCAGCUGCCAGCCAUAAGCUUCGGAAGCUGAGGGCUCCAUCCAAAUGCAGGGAAUGUGACAGCUUAAUUAUAUUCCACGGGGCUGAGUGUGAGGAGUGUUUCCUUGCUUGUCACAAAAAGUGUCUGGAAACCUUGAGAAUUGGCUGUGGGCACAAGAAACUUCAUGGCAAGUUACAUUUAUUUGGUGUCGAAUUUGCUCAAGCUGCUAAAAAUGCCCCUGAUGGCAUCCCCUUCAUUAUUAAAAAAUGUACCUCAGAAAUCGAAAGCCGAGCCCUAAACAUGAAGGGCAUCUACCGUGUGAACGGAGCCAAAACGAGGGUCGAGAAACUCUGCCAAUCCUUUGAAAACGGGAAUGACUUAGUAGAACUGUCAGAGCUCAAUGCCCACGACAUAAGCAACGUUCUGAAGUUGUAUCUUCGUCAGCUGCCAGAACCCUUAUUUUUGUUCCAUCUUUAUGACGAGCUUAUCGGCCUCGCCAAAGAGAGCAAGAUGAUGGCUGAAGACCCAAAGGAGCCAAGGGUGGAAGGUGGGGGUGCCGACCUGAGUACAAUCCUGAAGAAACUGAGGGAUUGUUUACACAAACUGCCAGACCCCAAUUACGCCACGGCCAAGUUCCUCCUGGGGCACCUUCACAGAGUGGCCCAAGAGGCUGACGAAAAUAAGAUGACCGCGAAGAACCUGGGCAUCGUGUUCGGUCCGACGUUGAUUCGGCCCCGAGAGACCCACGAGCCCAUUUCCCUUUCGUCCCUGAACGACUAUCCGCACCAGGCCCGAGUCCUCGAGCUCCUCAUCGUGUAUCACGCGCAGAUCUUUGAGGUUUCCCCCAAAGCGCCCGCAGCGUCGGCAGCCCCGAACGGCGUUCCCCUCCCCGGAGAAGCCACGGAGUGCAGAGACAGCAGGGAAGGCGCCGCCUCUCUUGAAAACGGUGAAAUCUCCCCCUUCAGGAUUACAAAGUGUACGUUGAGAUCCCCAAGGAUUAAAAGAUCCGUGAGACCCGUGAGUCUCCCCGUAGAGCAGUUCCUUCCUCCAAACAAUAUGGGAACUUUAAACUCACAGAGAUUCGUCAGGAGUUCCACCAUCGAAGAAAUGCCUGAAACAAAGCCUUUUCCUAACUCGUGCUCUAGACUUUCUUGCUAUGACCCCCAAACUUGGGACAAACGAUCCCGACAACACGAUAGAGCUCCGAGGACUGCUAUGAUUCUGCCAAAUGCCCUCCAGGAGGACGGAGCCCCAGGCAGCGGGGGGAGUUGCGCUGCAUCCGUGGGCUCGGACAUCCCUCCGUUCAGUGCCGUCCAUGCUGGCAAGCCAGAUGCGCUGCCAGUCAGGGCAGUAAGAGUAAGGGCAGAAGGAUGCUCUUCAGACUCGAAUCCUCUGGCUGCUUUCAGGGUACGGAGAACUUUGCAGCCCCCGCCUGGCACAUUUUAUAAGCCGCCUCCCUACCAUAAGCUCAGGGGGAACGAAGAAAGUUUUCCAGAAACUUGUUUAAGGGCAGCCCCUGUCGGUGUCGGUCGAGAAAAUGCUGUGAAUUUUGUCGUGAAAUCAGAGUCACCCGAACAGCAGGUAAAUCAGCCCGCGGCCGGCCCGGAGGAAUAUCACACGUUGGAUGUAAAACUGACAUGCCAGAGACUCAGACCAAAACGGAUUCAAGAGCUGGAGCAGAGAGAAGCACAGUUCGUCUAGGUGGCCAAAUCUCGCUUUUAUUUUCUUUUUGGUUCAGACAAAGAGGGAUAGGUUGAGUGUCUUCAUUGGGACCACUUUUGUGCCCUAUUUGAAUUCUUUUUCUAGGCGCCAUUUUAAAAGUUGGCCCAGGAGGGUGGUAUGGACUGAAAGGAAGGCCGCCCAGUUGGUUGGUUCGGUGGUAUUUGAAUGAAAGUUGUAUUUCAAUGGAUCUCCAAUAAAAUGCAGUGCUCGA